CCCGUAGACUAGUCUCGUAAUCAACUCUGUUUGUGACUUUUAACCCUGUGACGCAAUAAUCAACGAGAUUCCUCCGCUUAUUCCCUCACCCUUCCAUACCCGCACCCCUUCUACUGGGUUUCCCUUUCCUCAUAUCAUCUCCCUGCCGGCAACUCGAGAAAAAGGCCGAUGGACGCAGCUUCUGGAACGGUUUCAGGAGCAUAGUCCGAUCUGAGCAUGGUAGGGGCUGAGUUGUGGGAUCUCCGCACAGCUCUCGGCUUCCCCAGAGUGUACAGUACUCGUACAGUACUCGAGCACUAGCACAUACUGUGCUGCAUGCCGUAUUCGAGGCCAUCGCGGUGAGGGCCAAAUCGUAUGGUACUGUACUCGUAGGGGGAGAUUGGUGCCCAUACCGUAGUACUCGUAAACUAUUGCUCGGCCAGUGGUCUACUGUACUUGGCACAAUACUAAAGUACGGGUACUGUACCAGUGCCACGGCGUCACUACCCCAACAGUAUGGUCUCACCGGUUAUCAUACUUGUACGAGUACUAUGAUAGGAGAGCACCAGAUCACUUGUGCUGGAGUCGGUUAGAAUCGCACCCAAUCCUCAAUCACAUCGGGAGCCGCAGCAUUGCCAAGAAUCCGCCAACCCUAUCUUGAAUCACAGACUCUUCAUUCCUACAGUACUCGAGUACCUGGUACUCGUACAGCAUCAUACAUAUUCCUCCUGUCCCCCACACGAGCACGAACCCUAGUCCCUCUACUCCGAACCCCCACAGUACCAGUCCACAAAAAGGCAACCCUACUCAACUAACCUCUCGAGAUGAACGCCCCAGACCGGUAAAAAGCUUCCUCCCACCUCCCCCCCCCUCCACUUGUAGCUCCCCGGUCCAACCCUACCAUACCCAUCGAUGACUGACAACCCCUCCCCUCCCCUAUCUCCAGCUUCGAGCUCUUCCUCCUCGGCGAUGGUGAGACCAAGGUCUCCAUGGAGCAGGACACGCGCCAGCCCAACGCGGCCAUCUUCACCUUCAACAAGGAGGACCACACGUUGGGCAACCUGCUGCGCGCUACGCUCUUCCACAACGAGCACGUGAUAUACUCCGCGUACAAGGUGCCGCACCCGCUCUUCCCAAAGUUCGAGCUGCGCAUACAGACGGAUGAGGAGACGACGCCAAAGGAGGCGCUGUUGGCGGCCUGCCAGAGCCUCAUUGGCGACCUGCAGAUGCUCAGCCAGAAGUUGACACGGGAGUGGGAGCUUAAUAAGAUUGCGAGGGAUACUAGUUAGGUGGGUGGGUAGGUGGUUCAGGGCAUGGGGGGAAGAGGGGGGAUUAUUCUUCGGGAUUUGGUUUAUGAAGAAGCGGGAACAAGAGGGGGAUUUGGGUUAUUGGCGGUGGUGUAGUUGUUUGUGCGUAUCGUGUACAAAACUAAUGUCCAUGAAUGCGGGGAAUUCUCCUUUUUCCUUUUUUUUUUUAAAAAAAAAAAUCACUGAGCUCGGCGGACAUCAUGGAGUCGG